UUCCUCUUAACUUUUUUUAUUUAGAAUUUAUAUGGUCUGCCCUUUUUCAACGCUAUUGUCUUUAUCUACCUCAGGCAAAAAAAUAUUUCUCGGAACUAGGUGGAAUAGAAAUUAGUGGAAUCAGCUCCUUGAUGGCGGCUAUAAGGCUUUUUGAAGACUUCAUCACCAGUAUUCAAACCAUCCCAAAACCUCUUAGCAAAGAAGAGAUAGAUAUGAUAAGAAAAUCCACUUUCGGGGUGGCAGCCGCCUUGGAGGAAUUUGCUCUUAAUUAUGGCAAGUACCAACUGAUUGGAAAGAACUCUUCAGUGAAGAUAGAUAACCACACACUAGUGCUGGCAAUACAAAAAGUGUACCGCCAAAAUGCUAGUGACUUUUACCAUGGGGAACAGGAAAUACAAAGGAGCAUAAGUUUAUCCUCUGCAAAUUUUGUAAACAACGUGUCAGUGGUUGUUAGGAUCCUUUACAAAGAUCUUCAUGGGGUACUAUUUACAGAUCGACCCUUCAUAAUCAAAACAGGCAACACAAGGUACUUGAACUCUGAGAUCAAGGCCGUAGCUAUGGAUCCAAAACCAGAAAAAUCGCAGGAGAAUGUCAUCUUAAAGUUUAGAAACCUGAAUGUCCAUGAAGGAGAGAGGAAUUGUAUGUUCUGGAAUGGCUCAAACGAAAGUUCAGGUGGAUUUUCAGAGAGAGGAUGCUAUAUAGUUGCAUCUGAAAGCAACUCAGAAGAAACAGUUUGCAGCUGCGAUCACCUGACUCAUUUUGCUGUCUUAGUUGACUACAAUGGCAGCCCAGGGCUCACAGCGGAGGACGAAACCAUUCUGGAAAUUGUCACAUACGUGGGAUUAAGCCUUUCUCUACUCGGGAUACUUUUGACGAUUAUUCUAUAUUCCUUCCUCACAGACAUAUGGCAGCCUCUUUCUCAAAUACGUUUAAGUCUUUCUGUGGCACUCGGAGCUGGACAAAUAACAUUUCUCGCUGGUGUAAACGGCACAGGAAAUACGGCUUCCUGUAUCACAGCAGCAGUUUUUCUGCAGUAUUUCCUGAUGGCCGCCUUCUGUUGGAUGUUGGUCGAGGGAAUUUAUUUCUACCUGCUUCUUGUGAAAGUUUACAACGUCAACACCAAGAUGCAUUUGUAUCACGUCAUAUCAUGGGGUAUGCCAGUAAUCAUGGUGGUCAUUUCACUAAGCAUAGCGUCUGGAAGAGAUGUAAUUCAGAGUUUUACAAGUGAAAAAUAUUGCUGGCUGUCCUCGACUAACAACCUGAUCUGGAUCUUUGUGACAUUUGUGGCUUUCAUUGAAGUUCUCAACAUUUUGAUACUCGUCCGAGUUAUGAAGGAGAUGAGCACAUUAAUCCAACCAACGGGAGAAGAAAAUCAUAUGCAGCAGAUACGACUUGGCAUGAAAACAUGUGCGGUGAUGAUUCCACUGCUGGGUGUCACGUGGGUCUUUGGUCUUUUCUUACCAUUACACAAAGCUUUCGCUUACAUUUUCACUAUCUUCAACUCUACUCAGGGUGUCCUGAUUUUUGUACUUCAUUGUCUGCGAAACAGCCAGAUUAGAGAACGCUUGAAGAGAAAGAUGAACAUCAUUUGUUCUUCUGCUACAGACCAUGGAAACUCUGUGAAGAAGAGCUCACAAGUUAAUCCAAGUGCUGUCGGCAAUGUUUGGGUAGUAGAAAGGCAUUCCUUCAAAAAAUAGCAUUAUAUCAUACUUCAGUUAUUCAAUUUGACCGACAUCCACCCAUAAACAAUGAAAACUCCUCAAGGAAAAGCUCACAGGUUGACGCAAGUGAUGUUGGUGACGUGUGGGCAGUUGAAUAGUAGUCUAAAAAUUAGUUUGAACUGAAGAAAAGCGCAGCCUGAAUUCUUUGAUUAAAAAGACCGAUAAUGAAAUUUGAUAGUUUAAAACGAGCAAUUAGGCCACCGUGACGGUAGUUGAUCAAUAACAAUUGUUCAGUUUCGACCUGUCGGUAAAGCUAGGUGGUUCCGAUCACGUCAUUGGCUAAUAGAAAUCUGAUAUUUGAUGCAAGAAGUCUUCCUAAUUAUUGAUCUCUAGCCUUCCAAGUAUUAAAAAGUCCUCAAUGCAAUGUUUAAUCUUUUAGCUAGGAGCUAGUCCCAGGGAACUUUUUUUUUUUUUCCUAUACAUAUAAAAGGUUAGUAAUUAUAGAAUCAUCGUAUGUAAUCAGGGAAAGUAUGUAUCAGCUGCAAGCCAAUGUAAUUAGUUGAUAGAGAGGUUGCCUGUCAUUGUAUUGUUAGAUUUGAAAGCAGUCCGUCCUUGAAACAAUGGCUUUUUAUUCUUUUAAUGAUUACCCCCUUCGAGGGAUACAUGAAUUACAUUCGAGCACCACUUUUUGAACAUUAAUCCCCAUUUCACUAUCUUUCCUUUACGCCACCACUUAGUAAUAUUUCAUAAUGACAUUAUCUCGAACCACAUUAUGGGUAUACAGGGUAACUCUAAGCUACCUGUAAUAGUGCAACAAUCAGAUUGUACUUUCUUAAUAGCAAUGGUGAAAGUCGAGUUUUACAAUCAUAUUUAGUAAAGGAAUGAGUUGAUAUGAACAUAAAUAAAUAAAUUACUCGGUGAUUAAUAUUAAGUAAAUGAAUCACAUGCUCCAGUAGUUUGUUACAUUUAUUCAAACUUAUAUCCGUCG